UGGCACUGCGCCUGCGCGGCCGCCAUUUUUCUUGUUUGGAAGCCGUCCGGCUGUGUAUUGAAGCUCUGGAAAAUUCUGUCACUUUUUGAUUAACUCUCGUGCUAAAGCUUUUUGUUCCUUAGUUUUUUUUUCUUGAAGGAAACUUCAAACUUCAGGUGGAAAAUGGCCCAAUACAAAGGAGCUGCCAGCGAGGCCGGGAGAGCCAUGCAGCUGAUGAAGAAGCGGGAGAAAGAGCGAGAACAGCUCGAGCAGCUGAAGCAGAAGAUAGCAGAGUAAACUGGAGAAGCAGAAGGAGAGGAAGAGAAAGGAGGAACAGAAGAGGAAGAUAGCCAGUUUAUCGUUUAAUCCUGAAGAUGAAGAAGAGGACAGUGAGGAGGAGGAUGCAGAAGACGAGCAAGAUGAAGGUCCAUCGAAGAAGAAAAAGUUGGGGAAAAAUCCAGACGUGGACACGAGUUUCCUGCCCGAUCGGGACAGAGAGGAGGAGGAGAACCGGCUCAGAGAGGAGCUGAGGCAGGAAUGGGAGCUGAAGCAGGAAAAGAUUAAGAAUGAGGAGAUUGAAAUCACGUUCAGUUACUGGGACGGGUCUGGACACCGGAAAACCGUUAAGAUGAAGAAGGGUAACACCAUCCAGAACUUUCUGCAGAAGGCCCUGGAGGUCCUGAGGAAAGACUUUAGUGAACUAAGAUCUGCUGGAGUCGAGCAGCUGAUGUACAUCAAAGAAGAUCUGAUUAUCCCACAUCACCACAGCUUUUACGACUUCAUUGUCACCAAAGCCAGAGGGAAGUCUGGGCCGCUGUUCAGCUUCGACGUCCAUGACGACAUUCGGCUGGUGAACGACGCCACAGUGGAGAAAGAUGAGUCUCACGCAGGGAAAGUGGUGCUGAGGAGCUGGUAUGAGAAGAACAAGCACAUCUUUCCCGCCAGCCGCUGGGAGCCGUACGAUCCGGAGAAAAAAUGGGACAAAUACACGAUCCGGUGAUCCUCCUCUGUGUUCCAGGAACCCCUGAUGCCAAUAUUAGUUGAUAUUUUCUCAGAACUUGUAAUCAUUUCAUUCUUGUUGAGUUUCUGUAAACAGCUGCUUGCUCUUUGUGUUUAAUAAACUGUGACGGUGACUCACAGCCA